GUGGGAUUCAGAGCUUUGGUAUUAUAUAUAAAGGAAAGCUUGCGUUCCUCCCAGUAUCUUGCAACUCCCAUUUCCCGUCUAUCAUCUUCCUUCUUGUCAUUCUUCGUUUCAACCUCGCAAAAUGAGCACCUUUGAAUCAUCAACAACAAGAUCCUUUGUUUCUGUAGAAUCAACAACACCAAUUGAAGGAACGGAAGCUGACAAUGUGAAUAUGGACUCAUUGUUCCGAGGGUGUGUAUUGGAAGGGAGAUGGGACUUCGUUCUUACGGCAUAUAGAAACGAUAGUCACUAUCACAAAAUUAAAAUAAACGAAAGCAGAGGCACAGCACUACACGUGGCAGUGAAUGAUGGCAAAGUGGAACUUGUUAACACUCUCGUUGGUGCAAUCUUAAACCAUGAAGGGGAGGAAGUGCUGAGGGAUGAUAGUGCAUUGAAAACAACCAAUGAGAGAGGGGACACUCCUUUGCACCUUGCAGCAUCAAGAGGGUUCAAUGCUAUGUGCAAGUGCAUCAUAGGGGAGUCUGAGGAAAGGAAGGAUUUGAUUAGGGUUAGGAACAAUAAGGGUGAAACACCUCUCUUCCGGGCUGUGCUCACAUGCCAUACAAAGACCUUUGUGUACUUCCAUCAUGUUUCCAAAGAUAUUCCACUUGGGAACUAUGAUGGGGAUACCAUCCUUCACCAUGCCAUUUGGAGAGAAUUCUUGGAUUUGGCAAUUAUAAUAACUCAUUGCUAUCCUGAACUUGUUCACAUGCGAAACAAAGAUGGAGCCACUCCUCUCAAAGUUCUUGCCUCUAAGCCUUCAGCCUUCAAGAGUGGAAGCAAUCUCCCAUGGUGGAAGCAAAUUCUAUAUUAUGGUAUACUCGUAGAACAACUAGACGCUGAAAAGGCAAUAAAAUCCUAUAUGGAUAAAGUUGACAAAUUUGAGGCCGACAUUGAACUCAAAGUGAAUAUACAUUCAGAAAGUAGUGAAGCCAACAGAGCACAAAAAUUUGUGGAAAAACAGUAUGCUACUUCUGUUCGGUUUGUAAAGAGUGUUGUUCGAUUAGCAUUCAAAGUCCUUAGCCUCUCGGGAUUGGGUGUCACUGCACAGGACUUGAAAGCAAUAAAGAAGAUAAGGCAGAAGCACAGAUGGAGUCGUCAACUCUUGAAUAUUUUUAUGGAAAGACCUUAUGAGUCGUACAUUGGAAUUACUGGGGGCCGACCAUUUUUGAGAGAAGACAGAGACUUAGGGCAACCCGUUAUUACCCAACAACAGUUACAAAUGGUGGGUGGUGCAGCUAGCUCAGGGCAACAAGAAAACAAUAGAGUGGAAUCCGCAGCAAAAAAUGAGGAAAAGGAGACAUUUGUGGCAGUGGCAAAAGCCGGCAUAGUUGAACUUGUGAAUGAGCUUCACAACAAAGUACCAAGUACCUUCCAUGACACUAACUCUCCUGAGAAGGAAAACUUACUGAUUGUGGCAAUGAAGAACAUCAAAUACAAAAUUGGAGAACACCAUGUUGACAAAAAGGAGACUGCAUUUUUGGCAGCGGCUAAAUACGGCAUCGUGGAGAUUGUAUUUGCACUUCAAUCCAAAAUACCAAGUGCCGUGCAUGAAACCAACUCCAACAAUGAAAACGUGUUGCUUGUGGCUGUGAAGAAUAGACAAACCAAAGUUGUUGAGGUGUUAAGGAAACAUAUGGAUAAGGAACUCUUUGAUAGCUUGAUUUUAGAAGUGGAUAACAGGGAGAACACUGUCUUGCACUUGGCAGCUGGAACUGGAACUACAAGCAACAGUGAAAGUACCUGGCAGAUUGCUGGUGCUGCCAUGCAAAUGAUGUGGGAUAUCAAGUGGUAUCAGUACAUUAGAGCCCUAGUGCCGGAGCACUUCGUUUUCAGAACCAACAAAGACGAUAAAACCGCAGGCGAAAUCUUCAAACAAAAACACAAAGACCUGGUGAAAGAAAGCUCCGAGUGGCUAAAGGAAACCUCCAACUCCUGCUCCGUCGUCGCCGCCCUAAUCGCGGGCGUCUCCUUCGCCACAUCGAGCUCCGUCCCCGGUGGCACCGAGAAGGGCAAGCCCGAACUUGAAGGCCAGCCAGCCUUCGACGUCUUCGCCAUCGCAUCGCUCAUCGGCCUCUGCUUCUCCGUCACCGCCCUCAUCAUGUUCCUUGCCAUUCUCACUUCGCGAAAACAGGCCCCAGACUUCCGCAAGAGCUUGCCCUUGAAGCUUCUCUUUGGCUUAAGCUCUCUCUUCGUGUCCAUUGGCUCAAUGCUUGUUUCGUUUUGCGCUGCGCAUUUCUUUGUGCUCAAGGACAAGUACAAGAACAUUUUGUUCCCCGUUUAUAUUGCUACUUGUUUGCCUGUGACCUUCUAUGCGGUGGUGCAGUUUCCGUUGUAUGCUGAUCUUCUUAAAGCCAUUUUCAAGAAGGUGCCACAACCCAGUAUUACCAGCAGCCAAUUUUAGGGUGGCUAUUCUUUUUGCUUUGUCCUACUUAUUAAUAAUUGUAUUUGGGUAAUUUGUACCUGAAUAUGUAAUUGUAAAAUGUUUGAUAAACAUCCAAUCCAAUGUAUUUAUCCAACACUUUGAAAGAGAAAGA